ACUCUAAUCAAAACAAUAAAAAAAAACAAGACAUUUUUGUGUACGAAAAUUAAUUCUGAGCACGAAAAAAUGGCCCUUGAAUCCGGCAGUAGUAGCUCGGAAUCGGGCAGCUCCUCCACGAGCGGAUCCACAAGCUGUUCCGAAACAGGCAGCAGCUCGGACACGGAUUCCAGCAGUGCGACGCCGGAAGAAAAGCCCUCCACGAAUUCCCCAUCAAAAUCCCAGGCGCAAACGCAACAACAAACGAGUUCCGGGAAUACAGUGAGAAGAAAGCCCGCUCCUUCGGCAGCGGAUGAUAAAUCCAAGGGAAAUCAAGCAGCUUCCACCAGCAGAAAAGCAGCCAAUCCGGCGAAAAGUAGACUCUCCAGCGAUGACGACGAGGACGAGAAUGGCGAUACAGCGCCUCCAGCCAAAAAAAACGCCCGCUCCUUGGGAAGUUCCACUGUUACUGCGGCGGCUGCUGCCUCGGCGGCGAGAAGAAAACCCCCUGCCUCUAACAACAAAUCCAGCAAUCCGGGAAAUAAACCCAGCAAUCCUCCACAGCGACCGGCAAACAACAACAAUCGAUCUCUGGAGAACGGCGAGGGCAAACGGCCAUCGCUCUCCUCCUCCUCGAACAGCACAGAUGACUCCAUGAAGAUUGUGAAGAACGGUCGCAAGGUUCCCCUAAAAAUGGCCAGCACGGUGAGGCCAAAGCAAGCUAUCAGGGGCAAACUGCCGCCGGCCAAGAAAAACGGUGGAGGACCUGUGAUCAGCAGCGAUGGCAGUUCGGGCUCCGAAAGUGGAUCCAACUCAGGAGAUGAUUCCAGCUCGGGAAGCGACUCGGAGGGCACGGAUUCCAGUAAUUCCUACAGCUCGCAACCCGUCAAAGGAGGAGUCAAAGGUAAAAAAGCUGGAGCUCCGAAGAUCCAAAACUCGGACAGUGAAGAGGAGCGAAAGGACAAGGCAAAUCCCAUGAGAAAACUCACACGAUCGCUUAGCAUGCGAAGGACAAAACAGCAGCCAAAACCGGAAACCGAUUCGGAAUCCGAUGGCGAUCUAGAAGAUGACAAAAUUAUGAUAUCAAAAAGUCCCGCCAAAAAGCCAGCACCCUCGAAUUUGAACGCCACCAAAAGCAAAGUGAAGAGGGAAUCCAUUGGGAUUAGCAGUGGAGUCCUAAGCUCCAUUAAAUCCCGACCCGUGUCACCUAUAACGCAAACGGAAAAGAAGUGUCCCAUCGAGGGAUGCGACUCAUCCGGUCACCUGAGUGGCCACUUAGACAGGCACUUCCUGCCGGAGGCCUGUCCCAUUUACCACAAUAUGUCCGCCUCCGAGUGCAAAGAGCGGGCUAAUGAGCGUAAACUGCGGGAUGAGCAGCGCCUCAAAAUGCCCGUGAACAUUGUGACGGCGCCGGGUAAUCAGCAAACCAAUCCCAAAACUCUCUCGCCCGAGCAGCGCGAAUUUCUGGCCAAAAUUCGCGAGUCUAGGGCAAACUUUAGGCCGGCUAAUAAUAAUUUUCUGGACUCGAAGGUUAAGCUUGAAAAAGACGUUACGGACGAGGAUCGUGAACCCAAUCUAUCUGGCCUGGUGCCCGAUUACGAUCUUCAAUUGUUUCGAGAAGCGCAAGCUCAGGCCUCCGAAAGGAUAGAGGAUGAACUCAAGGAUUUGCCUGUGGGAAAGGGAAUUAAAUAUAUCAGCAUGGGCAAGUACAAGAUGAAGGUGUGGUACCAAUCCCCGUAUCCCGACGACGCCGCCCGCCUGCCCAAAAUGUACAUCUGCGAGUUCUGCCUGCGAUAUCAAAAAUCGGAGACGGGCAUCAAGAGGCACGCGGAAAAGUGCGUCUGGCGGCAUCCGCCGGGCGAUGAAAUCUACCGCAAGGGAAAACUACAGGUGUGGCAGGUGGACGGAAAGCGGUACAAGCAAUACUGUCAACAUCUCUGUCUGCUGGCCAAGUUCUUCUUGGAUCACAAAACGCUCUAUUACGACGUGGAGCCCUUUCUUUUCUACAUCAUGACGCUGGCCGAUGUGGAUGGAUGCCAUAUUGUGGGUUAUUUCAGCAAGCAUAUUCCUUUUCUGCAAGAGAAGAACUCGUUCUACAACGUCUCGUGUAUUUUAACAUUGCCGCCAUAUCAGAGAAAAGGUUACGGGAGAUUACUCAUCGAUUUCAGCUAUCUGCUGACCCGCGUAGAGGGAAAAAUCGGCUCGCCAGAGAAACCGUUAUCCGAUCUUGGACUGAUCUCGUACCGCUCGUACUGGAAGGAUGUGCUCUUGGACUACUUGUGUAAUCGAUCGGGGAACACUCUGACCAUCAAGGAUGUGUCCCAGGAAACGGCGAUCUACUCGUAUGACAUUGUAAGCACCCUUCAGGCUUUGGGCAUGAUGAAGUACUGGAAGGGCAAGCACAUAGUACUCAAAAAGCAGGACGUCCUGGAUGAGUACGAGGAAAGGGUGAAGCGAAGAGGAACCUUCCCCAAGAUCGACGACUCCUGCCUGAGGUGGCAGCCAUUUAUCAAUGUCCAACCGAGUGCAUCUCCAUAACCACGUGGUUGGAAGCAUGCCAGAGCAUGCUUUGCGGACGCCGAUGACGAUGACGAAUCCUUGGCCCCGAAGUCCUGAUUUCAGAGAUUUUAUUUUUGGAUGGUCUUUUAAACAACUUAGAUCCUCGUGAAACUUAAGCUCAUGUACUUAUAGAUGCUUAUCAAAAAAAACAGCAGGGGCUUUCCCGUACUUUUUCAAAACGUAAUUGUUUGCAUUUAUCAGAAAUGAUAAAUGCCUUAAUGUAAAGUAGUUAAUUCAAACGAGCAUUUUAAAUACUUAUGUAUACAUGAGUUAAUGAAGUUUUACAACGACAAGAGGAUUUCGUUUUUAGGAGUUUUAUCCAAUUAUUUUACUAUUUGUUUGUAGAUCUUAAAGCCAGCCUAUGGUAUUUGUACGUGUCUGUGUCUGUACUUGUUGGUAGUUAAGAAUUGUAAUAGCUAGUGACCUAAGUUAUAUAUGUAGUAAAAUUCUAGAAAACAAAAAGGAUAAAAAUAAGAUGAAAUAAAUAGAAAUUACGAUCAAA